AUGUCGCCUCUUUUGCUGUUCGCUGGCUGUGCAAAGUCCGCGGCGGAUACUCCAGGCAGUGCGCCUCAAGACCCUGAGCUAGCAAUCCAAUCCGGUAUGCAUGCAACAAAAAUUUCCGUAGGAUUCGUGUACCUAAUACAUUCCGCGUUGGGUCAUCAAUGGCAAGAGUGGGAGGCAACGAGCAUUUCCCGGAAUUAA